GUUCGAUAUUCCAAUGUACUCGACAUGUAAACACGACGUGGGGAUCAAUGCGGUGCGGAUGAGGGAAUAAGAAUCUCUAUUAACAUGGAAAGUACAGGACCAGAGAGACCUGUUAGAAUCGACGAAGUCAAUGACUUCUUCACUUACAUUGCCACGAUUGACUGGACAGAGAAGUGGCUGAUAGCACUCCUCAUGUUCCAUAUCACCUGUUUCUUCCUGAUCCUUGUGACUCGUAGAAGUGGAGCAAUCCAGGCUGUUAUAUUUGUUAUUUUACUUUUGUCUGUGUAUUUUGCUGAGAAUUUAAAUGAGCUGGCAGCUAAAAAUUGGAAACUUUUUACGAAGGAGCAGUACUUUGACAGCAAUGGGUUGUUCUUCUCUACUGUCUAUUCCACACCUGUCCUGUUCAACUGUCUGUUUUUACUGUUUAUCUGGAUGUCAAACCUUGGAGCAGCUGUGUCUCAGAUGAGAAGGGUGAAAAUGGAUGCAAAAAGAAAAGCAGAGGAAAAGAAAAAAGAAAAGAAAGAAAACUAACUCCAACCUUAUUUAGGAUUUUAUCUCAAUAUUAAUUAUUUAUAAUUUGUUCUUUACAAUGUUCAUUUGUAUAAAGAUGAAUAUGAAAAUUAUAUGUUCAUCAGUUAAGAUGCAGAUGUAAAUUAUAUAGCAUUAUUACAUAUGGAUGUAUAUCCUCACUUGUACAUUUGCAAUAAAAUUGUGGAAAAAGAUUCAAGUAUCGAAAAACUUUGGCAAAGAAAUAGAUGUAUGCUAUUUUUAGAUUAGGACAUUAAACAAUACUCUUUGAUUGGUGUACAGUAUCACACUAGGCAUAUCAAUUUUAUCGUGUAUUGAAAUUCUACAUGAAAUCUCGGGGAUUUUUGCUGCUGUUGUGCAGUUUGUGUUGAAGUGCAAUAAAAUUCAUCUCAAUACUACAGUGAAUUUCUUGAGUAUCUUGAAUAAAAUGUUAGCUGUUUAAAAUUGUAAAAAGGUAACAUUUUGCAUUAAAGCAUCCUGAUCAGU